AUGUCUAGAUCAGAGCUUGGAGGAAUCAUCAAGCAGACAUUCAGUGCUGCACUCACGAAGAUAUCUCCGUUGUAUGCAAAUGCACAACUGCCAGUUACAAAAUCGUCCAGGAUCCCUUUUCGACCGCAACUGACCAAACAGAUCGCUACAGAGAAAGUACCUGUGCCCUCUAUAUCUGGUCUUCAAUUCUGUCUUCACAUGAUGGUUUUCGCAACUCCGGGUAUUAUUUUUGCGAAGAAGCUGUGCGAUGGCGAACAGAUUGAGGAUAUGAUCACAAACACUCAGGACAACGUGUCGAAGUUGAUCAACAGUCUAUCUAUAUUCGAGGCAAUCUACGUCUUGAAUAAUAAGGAACAGCAGGCCAUGUUUAAGCGCCCGUGUCCACUACGUUGCCCUAUGUCUUUCCCAGGCCCACAAGUGGUAUACAUCUUACACCAGCCGUCCCCAACCCCCAACGCCUGUAGUCUCCUGAGCAGCCAGACUGAUCAAGGGACAUGA